UUUUGAACAUUUAUUUUCAAACAUUUUUUUAAACAUAUACCUGCUUGCACGCGUAUUUGGCUGAGCGGCAUUUCAAACUAAACAGCCGUUGUGUCAGGAUCCUACCACUACUCGAACGAAGUUUUUAUUCUGAGUUAAUCAACCAUGUCCAUGAACUUGAAGUACUGUUUGUUUGACUUUUUUGAAGAGGGGACGGUGGAGAUCGGUCAAACUAACCUGAUUUGUAUGGAAGAUGGUCAAUGCGCUAGUUUUAACAAUGAUGAUUGGGACUUUGACCGUGAGGCCUUGGUCAAUUGGACGAACAAGUCGAACUCGAAGAAGGGGAAAGUCACGAAACAGUGUGUUGCCCGCGUGGUCCAUUUUUCUGAUCGACGAGAUGGAGAUCUUAUCAAGAAGAGGGAUGAGCUUCUUGAGUCGGAUGAAGAAGCAACAACAAGUAGGUCAACUGCCAGCAAGAGGCCAUCAAGGCGACCCCUGCGUUUUCUGGAAGAUGAACUCGAUUCGGACACUGGCUUUCAACCAGACGAGAAGAAAAAUUCGAAGAAGGUGAAAUUGGCUCACCAAGCCCGGGAUAAGAUGCUCCUGGAUCGCCUGGCGAAAAAGAAAGAGCUAGAGCCAUUGAAUGAGCAGACUGAACUCGCCAAAUUAACGGAGCAAAAUGUUGCACUUCAGUGCCAAUUAGAGAAGGUGAUGAAAGAAAGAGACAGCUUAGUUGCUGCAGUGGCAUGUUUGAAUGAGCUCCCCGAGUUGUUGAAAAAGAUGACGGGAGUACGAACUCCACAGUCGUCUCCAUGUACCAGUCAUUUGUCAAAUUCACCUAGAUUGCCCAGUCAUGAAAGUUCCCCGAAAGGAGACCUGUCGCCGAAAUAUGCCUCGGGAAGCACCAAACAAGCAUCACAAUACAUCAGUGAUCUGAUGGUUAAGGCCUUUUCCCGUGAGGAAAUGGCCUCGCAUUCCUUAACAGGAACAUCUUCCAAUGCAAACGGUGGCCAACUCGCUAAGCCGCAAAUCAGUCCAGAAAAAAUGAAUGAAAUCUUUGAAAAAGCUGCCUCGCGCUAUCCCAGCGUUGACAAAAAGAUAUUAAAGGAGGCAGCAAAGAACAAGUUGUCUAAUGAACGGCGGCUUUUCAAGAGGAGCCAACUUAAGGUUUAGUAGAGCUUCAAUGGGGCAGGGUCAUAUUGUGACAAGUCAACAUAAAUUAGGAAUUCAAGCACACAUUUGAACAUGUUAACCCUGAUUAAACUGGGGGGGGGGGGGCUUGACAAAUUUCACCGCCACGCACAUUUUUUUUAUCGUGUUGGUUACUGACUUUUUUCAUUCAAAUUUUGCGCAUCUUUUUGGACCAAAUUUGCGACGCCUGGGUACGCGUUUCCAAAAUUGAGCAAUAUUUUGUAAAUGCAUGUAGGUCCCAAAAACUUUUUUUCUGUGUACAUAGUCAUUCAUUGCAAACUGUGUUUUCAACCACAAAUCAUAAAUGUAUGAUUAUUUUUACUCAUGUUUUAUUAGAUGGAUAUAUUUUACGUUAUUUAUGAUUGCCUCGACAAUUUUCACGAUAUAUCUGCUGCGCAAAUUUUUUUGACCUCGCCGCUCGCUGACUUUUUACUUUCAAGUCUCACGCUGAUUUUGAGACCAAAUCUGUGACGCCCUGGUACGCGGUUACGACAUUACGGAACAUUAUGAAAGUGCACGUCAGACCCAAAAUUGCUCAGAAAGGUGAUUUCUUGUACAAAUCCAAUGCAAAUUGUGUAUUUAGCCAAAAUUCGUAAAUGUAUCAUUAUUUCUCCUUUUACUGAUUAAACUUAAUUUGGUUGUGAUUGCGCAAUCCAGUCUUGUACAUGUAGUUUACAGCGAGCUCUACGUGUGUAAAUUUUCGUGACUGAGAUCUGGUGGUAAAAACCUGAUCUAAAAUAGCCCAGUUAAAUCAGCGUUAAUGCCUGUAGGAAUGACAGUUUGUUUUUGUUGACUUUGUCAGAAUGUGAUCAUGUCCCAUAUUGAUACCACAUAUACACAUUGAUGUUCGUCAAGGCAGAUUAAAUGGCAAAAACAUUUUUGCUGUCAACAGAAGAUUGAAAGCCAGUCAGUUAAACAUUUUGUUUCAUUCAGUGUUUUAUUUCUCACCAUAUUUUCUGGUAAUCUAUUAUUUCAGGGGUAUUAUCCCACCCCCCCCCCCCACUUUGCAUGUUGCAUGAUAAAUGAAAUAUCACUUUCAUGACUUUCUCCUUGCACAACAAGAACAAUUUUUUUCAUAUGUACAAACAUGGUUCCAAAGGUAUGCAAAAUUUGGAAGUUCAUGUCAGACCCCAAAAUUGCUUUCUAAAAAUUCUGAGUUUUAUCUACAAAUCUCAUACAAAUGCUGUUUCUUGCCAAAAAUGCACAACCAGCAUAAUAUUCAGUUUUCAUGGUUAAUGUCAACUUAAUUAUAUUUAUAAUCAUAAAAGCUUUGCCCACAAUUCAAUUGAAAAGAACAAAUUUUUAAAAUGAAAAAAAAACUCAAAGAAAUGUAAAAGAAUUUUCAAAAAGAAUGAAACGCAUAAGAAAUCAUAAAAUCACAAUGUCGAUUACAUGGCUUGUGUUUUCAGAAAUGACUGGGUUUUCAUUCAGUUCUCAAUUGACAUUGCCUUUAUGACAAGAUCCCUUCAUUUAAGAUAUCGUGUACAAACAUCAGAUGGCCGUAGUGUACAGUAAGGUGACAUUAUUUAUUGAAAUUUAUGUAACAUUUAACUAUGCAAACCAUGCAGCUAGAACUCACUACUUGCCAUUUCUAUUGUCUGCCAGAUUAGUAUUAGUAAAAUAACUUUAUCAGGGUCAAGUGACAUAAAGUGUG